AUGACUAUAAAGCUUUUUAUUGUUGGUUCAUAUUUUGGAUUAAAAAAACCUUCCAGUAUAAAUGAAUAUUUAUCUGAAUUUUUUGAAGAACUUAAUGAAUUAUUAACAAAUGGCUUACAAAUAAUUGAUUUAAUUUUGAAUGUCCACAUUAAAGGUAUAAUUGAUGAUGCUCCUGCUCGUGCAUUUAUAAAACAAGUAAAGGGACAUUCUGGGUACUUUGGGUGUGAAAAGUGUGAAGAAGAAGGUGAAUAUUGGGUGAAUAUGUAG